UAGUGGAUGGGCCUUAACCGUUUCUCCUGCAGCACCCUCAAGGUCCCUUUCCUGUCUGCCUGUGAGGCGGAGGUCGCCCGCCAAUACCUGACUGUUUAUGAGAAAUCCCGGCGGCAGGCCCUUCAGCAGGAGCGCACAGUGAAUGGCAGCUUCCUGGUUGUGAAAUGGACUGCUCUAGACCCCGGCGUCCUCCGAGCUUCCGUAAUCUCCUUUCUUGACCGGCUUUCCUCGGUGGUGCACACCAUUCAGGCCUUUGGGCCCCUGUUUAUACCUAAAUGUCUGCGGGAACCAUGGCACUGAAGCCCAGGCUCGUGUCUCAUGCCAGUCAACGUUCCUUCCCCAGGGCUUUGAUUCCUGCCUUCGUUGCCACUUUUCUCUUGAAUUCUA